UAAACAGACUGAUGGUUUCGUGUCUGCGGACGCUAUGAUCGUAUGAACGUGUCAAGCCACAAAUGGCCCGUUGCUGAUUCGCUGUUUACGUUCGAUAUUCUGUGCCUCGCCAGUGUUACGCGAUCGGAUUGGUUUAAAAAAGUUAGCUAAAUGAUUUUUGUUUAAGUUUCUUGUUGUGCUUCAAGCGAUGCUGUGUAGGCAGGCCAAAAUCCGAAAAGGAAUACGAAAAUGUUACGCCAACCCAUUUCGUUCCAAGUCUGCCAUAGGCCGAAUAAUUCUAAAGCGCCAUCCGACUGCGAUACGACAUCGAUCCGUGUGCGUAAACGAACGUUGCCACGUGGAGCGAGCUCAGUACCGAGAUUUGAAUCAUCAGCUCGCAAAAGAAGUGAACCUCUUGCGUGAAUCCGAGGAAGCCUUUAAGACUCAACAGUUGCUGCUUGAAAAGCUCGCGAUCAAAUACGCACAGUGUCGACCGUGGAUUCAAGCGAUUCGACUUCAGCUGGAGGCAGUUAGUAAACAACUCGACACUAUCGAGCGUGUAACCCAAUCUUGUUCAAGUGUUGCGACGAUGAGGGCCUUUGUGCUUAACGAAGACACCUUUCCCGUUUCAUUGGAGGUCGACUUGAUGGAAUCAUUAGCUGAACUUAACAAGGGGGUCACGUAUCGCCCUGAACGGGAGUAUUUUCGUUUCGGCGAAAGUUUAUCAACGAUCAUGGAAUCUAUUCCUGCUUCCGGAAACCAUUGGAUAACGACCACCUUAUCUGAGCAACUAGCUCAGAGCGAUCCUGUAACCAGCCAGCCACCCGCAAUCAGCAGAACCAGAACCACAGCGAACUCAGAGACGCAUGAUAUUUGCGGCGCAUCCGACAGAGUCCAAGAGUUUGAGGUACGCUUGCAGCUGGACGAAUGUAGUAAGAAGCUUGCCGAAAAUCCUGAUUCCGACAAUCCGUCCUGCAACGUCGACAAGCGCAGCCGACGUAAGAAGCGGAUGUUAUUCAAAAAAGAAAAAGACGACAAUGCUAUUGAGGCAGAGACUGAAUACGUCGGAGAUGUUCACAAACAACCUGGAUUGACUAGGACCGAUCAGAAGGACAAGUGCGGACCAGCCGUGAGUUCACUCGAUAGUGGAUUACAGCCUAUUACAGAAGUGCUUGACAUCGUUAUUACAAGCCCGUCCAUGAAACUCUUAUCCGAUUCAAGCGAAUCCGACCAUUUGCCACUUCAGCAUGGGGAUCCUAAAUUUGAUAAAACCUAUUUAAAACCCUCGACAAGCCAGAGAAAGCCGAAAUUAACAGAAGGCCUUCCGAAUCCAGGAAACAGGAAACGGGAUACCUCACAAAAAACGAUCCUGGACGAAAGUAUUAUUAUCGUUGCUCCAGGUUACCACAAUGAAUCUACAAAGGGUUAUUCUCCGUUUGCGCAUUUUGCCAUUUGCACGUCCUCGUUAUCGAGCGCAAAGUCUCGACGGCGUGCUCUUAUUGUGGAACCUCCGGAGCCGACGGGCAGCUGGGAUCCCAGCAGCAAUGACACAGCUUCCUCAGGAAAUAGGCGCCUGAUCAACGAUACUAAAACGAAUAAUUACGAUGCAUCGACUGUUGAAAAGUCAAAUACGAAAUCGUCGCUAGACAACCCCACAGGCUUGGUAGCACAAAGACGGAAGCAUGGGUUUGUGAUGGAGGGAUCUCGGCAUAUCCCCAAAAUGACGAAAGAAGCCGCAAAAGAUAGGAGUGCUCCUUCGACAAUUUUUCACAACGAGAAUCAGAGUAGGGAAAUUGGACUGGGACGACGCAGCAGGCUAAGUCAGCUCUGCGAUAGUACAUUUACUUAUAAGUCGUUCAUUGGAACAAAUAUAGAAGGUCUAAUGGCUUCAACUCCGAAAGACGCUACACCGCGAAGCGAAUUACUUCAAGACUCAUCCUUCCAUUUGAGUGAUGUUGUGAAAAAUUCAUGGUACGAGAACGUACAAGGCCCAGCUUACAAUACCCGAAGCAGGCGCCGCGCUGGCUUUGAGGUGAUUUGCUAGAAAGGAUCACGUCUGUAGACCAACGAAAAAGAGACCCACACUGGAAGAAAACUAAAACGGCAAAACCGUAACUUUCCUCAUAAAAGUUCAACGAUAGUUAGAAGUUUUGGAAACGCCGCUAAGUGUCCUUCGCAUGCAUUCCAAAAAUAAGGACUAGCCUGCUUAGCGAAAUUCAGAUCUUUGUAACUUAUCCAGCAUCUUCUCUGAUUUUUAACUUACUUCUUUUUACUACGGCUGGACAACGUAUGACCGUCUCAUGUACACCCUAUAUAUAGCUAGUUCAAUCACACUGACAAUGUUGUUUGUUUGUAUAUAAUAGGUAGUAUUAUGAAUACUUGAUUGACUAGUAUUAUUAAUAUCUAUUGUCUGCUAAUAGGUUUAUAGAAGUGUAUCUCCGGAAAAACGGACGCGCUGUUGUUAGCAUUCUCUUUAUAUUUAUUUGUCUGCAUGUAUAGAUAUCGUUAUAUAGAUUAUCGAAACCGUGUUACGGUCCUUGCG